AUGACCCAGCAGAGCCUCCGAAUCAUUCAGUGUCCAAGCAAUAGAGAUCCACAAAAUCUGACACAUGUCUCAGAAUUCCAUCUCAUGGGUCUCUCAGAUGAUCCAGACCUGCAGCCCAUCCUCUUUGGACUGUUCCUGUCCAUGUACCUGGUAAUAGUGCUUGGAAACCUGCUCAUCAUCCUGGCUAUCAGUUCUGACUCCCACAUCCACACCCCCAUGUACUUCUUCCUCUCUAACCUGUCCUUGACUGACAUUGGUUUCAUCUCCACCACAGUCCCAAAGAUGAUUGUGGACAUCCAGACUCACAGCAGCAGCAUUUCCUAUGUGAGCUGUCUGACUCAGAUGUCUCUUUUUAUCCUUUUUGGAUGCAUGGAUGGUAUGCUUCUGACUGUGAUGGCCUAUGACCACUUCGUAGCCAUCUGUCACCCACUAUAUUAUCCAAUCACUAUGAACCCCUGUCUCUGUAGUUUCUUGAUUUUAUUAUCUUUUUUGUUUAGCAUUUUGGACUCACAACUGCACAAUCUUAUUGUCUUAAAGUUUCCCUACUUUGAGAAUGUGGAAAUUGCUAAUUUCUUCUGUGACCCUUCUCAACUCCUUAAUCUUAUCUGUUCCAACACCUUUACCAACAAUAUAAUGAUGUAUAUCUUUGGUGCCAUAUUUAGUUUUUUUACCAUCUCAGGGAUCCUUUUCUCUUAUUAUAAAAUUGUUUCCUCCAUUCUGAGAGUUCCAUCAUUAGGUGGGAGAUACAAAGCCUUCUCCACCUGUGGGUCUCAUCUGUGUGUUGUCUGUUUGUUUUAUGGAACAGCCAUUGGAGUGUACUUCAGUUCAUCUGUCUCACAUUCUCACAGAAUGGGUGCAGUGGCCUCAGUGACAUAUACUGUGGUCACCCCCAUGCUGAACCCCUUUAUUUUCAGCCUGAGGAACAGGGACAUUAAAAGAGCCCUGAGGAAGUUACACAGGAAAACUAUCUAA